AUGAUUAUUGCAUGGAACGCUAGAGGAGCCGCCGGACGAGACUUUGGCAACGCUCUAAAAGAACUCAUGAGACGUUACAAACCAAGCAUGGUGAUUUUGGUGGAAACAAGAUGCAGCGGUAGUAAAGCUCAAAAAGUGAUUAAAAACUUGGGUUUUAAACACCAGAUAAUUGAGGAAGCUCGUGGGCUAUCCGGGGGAAUUUGGAUUCUCUGGAAGGAUGAUAUGAUAAAUGUUUCUGUCAUCGCACAAAACAAGCAAUACAUUCAUUGUCAGGUGACAGGAAUAGGACGAUGCACUUGGAAUCUUACAGCCAUUUAUGCAAGCCCGAGGGAACAGGAAAGAAAAGAGUUAUGGGAAUGUUUAAGAAUUCUGGCGAACAGGAAUACAGGACCGUGGCUUUUACUGGGUGACUUUAAUGAUAUAAGGGAUGAAAAGGAACAAAGGAGAGGUGGAAAAAUAGAUGAGAGAAAAUGUCGGAGGUUUAGUGAGAACAUUGAGAAAUGUAGACUAAUUGACUUGGGUGCUGAGGGGCCCAAUAUGACUUGGCGAGGCCCUCUAACUUCGCAUGGAAAUAGACUGUUCAAACGUCUUGACCGUGGACUAUGCAAUCAACAUUGGAGGAAUCUGUUUGGAGAGGCCUGGUUAAGGGUAGGACCAAGACUUAAUUCUGACCACCAUCCGCUGCUUGUUUUCAUGGAAGAGAAAUUGGAAGUGAGAAGAAACAGACCCUUCAGGUCUGAAGCUUGUUGGAUGAAACAUGAAGACUUUAGAAAAGUGGUUAAAAAAAAUUGGGAGCAACCAAGAAUGGUCUGGCAAAACUUGAAACAGCUUGAACCUAAACUGCUUGACUGGAAUGUUAAUGUGUUUGGGCAUAUUGCUAGAAGAAAAGCCGAGAUUCUAAGAAGGCUAGAAGGCAUUCAGCGAUCUCUGCACUACCGACAUAAUCCGUUUCUAGACAGAUUGGAAGGAAGGCUGCAAGAGGACCUAAGAAAACUACUAGAUGAGGAGGAAUUACUCUGGUUCCAGAAAGCUAGAACGUAG